ACAAGACCCUAGUCAUCUCGCAAACACACCAAAGAUAAACAGGAAGAAAGGGAAGGGGAAAAAAAAUCCUCGAGAGAGAUGAGCAGCGGCGGAGAGAAGGGCGGGAGCGGCGGAGGGGCGGAUUUCCUUAAAUCGAUCAGAGGCCGUCCUGUCGUCGUCAAGCUCAACUCUGGUGUCGAUUACAGAGGUAUUCUAGCUUGUCUGGAUGGGUACAUGAACAUUGCAAUGGAACAAACAGAAGAGUACGUCAACGGUCAGCUGAAGAACAAGUAUGGUGAUGCAUUCAUCAGAGGCAAUAACGUUCUCUACAUCAGUACUUCAAAGAGGACUCUUGCAGAGGGUGCAUGAUGAUGCUAGUCUGGAUACAAUAUCUCAUUAUCUGUUGUUUUAUGGGUGGAGUAAUGGCAGGCGUUUUUAAAUGUAUACUUAUUUGACCAUGUUUACUGAAACUUGAUUAAGCGAUGCUAUCUGAAAUUCAUGUUUGUCGAGGGGCUGCAGUUUUUCUAUACCUCAGCUUAGUCGACAACUUUCGGGGCAUUAUGUAUGAUACAUCUUUCUUGUGUGUUAUGACCUCACAACUGUUGAGAUUAUGCAGGGGAAUUCUGAGUUAUAAGAUGCGAAGACCGUAAGAUUU